GUUGGCGUCUGACGUCACCGGAAGCGCGGUCUCUGUGUUGGUCUUCUCACGUCCGGUCGGCGCUCGGGCCUUGUUCUUGAGCUUCUCGUGGUUUUGAGGUUGUGAUCGCGCCGUCCGGUAUGGCUUCCAGUUCCGCCAGCAGUCCGUCCGAGCGGAGGAGAGUGGUUGACCUACGCGUUAUUGACCUUAAGUCCGAGCUUAAGCGACGGAACUUGGACGUGACGGGGGUGAAGAACGUGCUGGUGGCCAGGCUGAAGCAGGCAAUUGAAGAGGAGGGAGGCGACCCUGAGAAUAUCGAAAUCAAUUCUGGUGGCGAUACUCCUUCAAAGAAGCAGAUGAAGAGCAAAGGUAAGAAGCAGGAAGCUGAUGAGUCUGGUUGCGAGGCAUCAAUGGAAGAAGAUACAUUUAAGGACAUUGAGAUGGAGUCACGAGAUGUAAGUGAUCAAGAUGCUAACGAUGAAGUAAAGGAUUCGGAAGAAAAUGAAGAAGAUGCAAAGUCUGUCACCUUUCUAUGUCCAGAAGAUGAGAAGGACAGCGAACCAAAUCUUACUAAUCCGGACGAAGACACUGCGCAAGAACCUCGAAACCAAGAUAAUGAAAAUCAAGACAUGCAGGCUUCCUCAGAUCAUGAUGUGGUUGCUGAUGAAGGAGAAGAGGAUGACAAUGCUAAAGAUAUAACAGGUUCUGGUGAUGGUACACAAGAAGUUUCUAAACCUGUUCAUUCAGAAGAAAACGGAUCAGAUCCAGUUGUCAAAGAAGACAUGGAAGCUGGCACUUCUCUGAAAGAAGCCGAGGAUGAUAAUGUUUCUGUCACACUCCAGGCUGAAGAUGCCAUCACUAUCGAUUGUGAUGGAGACGACCUCCUAGAAACAGGUAAAAAUGUGAAACUUGCAGAUUCGGAGGCAUGCAAGCCAAAAGAGGAGGAGGAGGAGGAGGAGGCGGCCAGUGACCCCAAGGAUGGCCUGGAGGAACAAAAAGAUCAUAUGUCGGAGAAGAAAAAAGAUGAGAAAGAGGAGAGUGCUAAAGGCGAUGGUGUUAAGAAGGAAUCCAGAGAAGGUUCAAAGAGAGCUGAAUCUGGAGAUAAAGAGAAGGAUUCUCAGAAGAAAGGUCCAUCAUCCACAGGGGCCUCAGGUCAAGCAAAGAGCUCUUCCAAGGACAAAACCGCAUCUAAAGAUGAUAAAGGAAGUAUUAGUAGCACAAGUGGAAGCUCCGUGAGAAACCUGUGGGUCAGCGGACUGUCAUCGAAUACAAAGGCUGCUGAUUUGAAAAAUCUUUUUGGGAAAUAUGGAAAGGUUUUAAGUGCAAAGGUAGUUACCAAUGCAAGGAGUCCAGGGGCAAAAUGCUAUGGGAUUGUCAGUAUGUCAUGUAGUUCUGAUGUUUCCAGAUGUAUCUCUCACCUCCACCGCACAGAAUUGCAUGGCCAGCAGAUAUCUGUGGAAAAGUGGAAGAAUGAUCCUUCAAAAAGAGAGCAGAAGAAGGAAGGUGAUGAGAAAAGUGGGUCUGGCAGAACGUCUGAGAGAAGAUCUUCUGGAGGGGACAGAAGAAGCAAGAGUCAAAGUUCUUCUAAGAAAGAGGACAAAAGAUCUGACAAGCCUGAAAAAAAAGAUGGCAAAGAUGUCAAGAAGGAUGGCAAAAAUGAGAGCGAUAAUGGAGCUGGAAGUUCUCACCAUGACAAUGCAGACAAGAAUGCAGACAAGAACGAAGAAAGGAAGCGGCCAGGUAAAAGCCCAGGACAAAUGGUGGUGAUAGACCAGACAAAAGGGGAUUUGAGCAACAUGAGAAUGCAAAUGAGAAGAGGAAGAUUUGAAAAGCCAAGACCAAGGGAAAGAUUUAUCCCAAACAAGAUGAAAUUCCAUGAGUUCCGGGAUAAAAAGGAAAUUAUGACAUUUCAGAAAAUGAAAGCCCAAAGACUCAGAGAAAACGUUGAACGUUUGGAGAGGUUACAGCGAUACCACAGAGCGGUGGAACUGCGAAGACGGAGAGAGAUGGCUGAAAGGGAGCGCCGUGAGAGAGAGCGGAUGCGAAUAAUGAGAGAGCGGGAAGAACUAGACCGCUUACAGAGGGAGCGAGAGAGAUUAGAGAUAGAAAGACAAAAGUUGGAGCGUGAAAGAAUGGAGCGUGAACGUCUGGAAAGGGAGCGUAUGCGUAUUGAACAGGAACGUCGCAAAGAAGCUGAGCGCAUUGCACGAGAGAGAGAAGAGCUACGACGUCAGCAAGAACAGCUUCGCUUUGAGCAAGAGAAAAGAAACCCUUUGAAGCGUCCACGAGAUGUUGACCAUAGAAGAGAUAACUACUGGGGUGAGAGCAAGAAAAUGAAUGUGGAUACUGAUUCACGCUUUGGUCAAGGAUCUGAUUACAGUCGACAACAGACCAGAUUCAAUGACUUUGAUCUUCGAGAACGGGGUCGGUAUUCAGAGGGUUCAUCUUUUGAAAGACGUGACCGCUUUGUGAACCAGGGAGAUAAGAAGAACUUUAACAAGGGUUUUAACGAUUCAAGGAGAAAUGAUCCAGGACCGCCACGAAAUGAGCCACGAGACACUGACCGGAGAGAUCGGGAUGAACGAAGGCCAGUAGGUAUUGACAGACCAGGCGCAAACAGAUCUGAGGUCCAAGGCCCAGAUAGAAGACUCAGUAAUCCGGAUAUGCCGCAUGGACAACCAGCACGGUCGUCAAACUGGAAAGAUGGAGGAAUGGGAACAGAUAAACGGGAAGCAAGAACUGACCGACCUGGGCGAGAUGCUCCUGGUCAUUCUGCCAGAGGUGGGCAUGGGCAUAGCAAUCGUGGUGGUAAAUCCGGUUAUAGUGGCAGAGAUGAUGAUCGAGGUGUAAUUGUAGGAGACCGUGGAAGUGGUGGACAACAUUACAACGAAGGAAGAAAUAUUGGCCCUGGACGUGACAAUGCUGGGCCAGGAAAGGAAUGGCAUGGUCCCGGCACACAAGGCAGUGGAUAUGAUGGCAGAAGGAUGCCAGAUAAUCGAAGUGGAGGCAUGAUGCCAUCAAAUUCUAGUAAUUCUGCAAUCAACAGAGUUGUGCCGAUGCCGGGAUCUGUUCCCCGAGGAAGUGGUUCUGGAUUCAAGCCCUUUAAGGGAGCACCUCCUCGUAGAUAUUAAGAUGUGUUUCAGGAUAACUUAUUCAUUUAUUAUACACCUUACUACAUUUGCCAGGGCUUUAAUACAUUGUCCCGUGUUUUGAUUUAGUUUUAUCACUGAGGAUUUUCAUUGGUUAACGUAUUGUAAACAAUCUGUAAAAUCCUCCUUAUCCAAUAACAUCCGUACUUCAAACAGUCCAGCACAGACUGUCAAGGAGCCUGUCAUUUUG